AUGACUACGCCAGCGAGUUCGGCGUAUCCGUCAACACAUGCGUCCGAAGUCGAAGUCGACGACGUCGGCCAAAUCCAAAUUGCUUCCCUGACCCUCGACACGCCUCUCAUACCGCUAAGACGAAAGAGCCGCGUUCCGGAAAAGCCCUUUCGUUUCCUUGAACUGCCAUCUGAAUUGCGCGUCAAGGUCUACGAGCACUACUGGAGCAAUGCCGAAAAGGUCCUGGACCUCGACCCCGGCAACCAUAAAAGAUACCACAGGGCGCUGGGUCUGGUCCGUACAUGUAAACAGGUUCGCGCGGAAGCGACUCAUUUCUUCUUCAGCUCCCGGGCCAUUCGCCUGUUCCCCACCUUUCCCGGCAAAUAUUUCAAGUCGAGAAAGCCGCUCCUGGCUCGCCUGAAACCGAGCCAGCGCCGAUGCAUCACGUCGCUGGAGCUGCGGCUCGGGCCUGGCUGGAAUGCCCCCCCGCGGGGGUGGGUGGUCAACGACGCCCUCGGCCUCAAGGACUGCAGCAAUCUUCGCAAACUGACCGUGUAUGUUGAAUGCGACCCGAGCGACGGCAUCUACGAAGGGUUCCGUCGAUCGGAUGGUUUCUACGAAGGGUUCUGCCGCAACUUGCUCGGCGACGUGCUCGGCGAAAUCCCCGGCCACGUCGCCAUUGAGUUUGAGGGCUACCCGGGCGUCAAGAAGUCGGGCGCCAUGAUGCGGGGCCUGCUCGAGGUCGCUGCUCAGUCAAAGCGGAAGAUUCUCUGGGGUCCUGAACGAGGAUGGACGGAUGGGCCAGAGAAGGAGGAGAAGCGCAACGCUGACUCUGCGGCUCAGUUAUUCGAUGGUAUCCCUAGGGAAGGUUAUGCACCUCACAAUAUGCUGGUUGUAGCGUAG